GAGCGCAGUGACCGUUGGGCACUGUUGUGCGGCCACGGCUGGGUGAGGACAGCGGGGGCCCUUCCGGCCUAAACUGGCCAUAGUUUGGGGACCCAGACAACAACUGGGUCGCAGUGGGGGACGGUGGGAAAGGCCUGGCCGGCAACCAGCUAAGGAAGCUCCAGGGGGUGGGGCGGCGCGAUCUGGGGUCCUCUGAGAAUGGCGGGCAAUAAUCAAUCCCCUCGGAGGAAAAGAAGGGUGAAGUGGUGUAAGGGUAGAUCAAACUCGAAAUCGGGGUUGAAUCUCAGCCUUUGUAUAGCACCAUUGUCGCGUUGCUCUGUGCGUUUCCAAUUACUAAAUAAUAAAAGGCAUGGUCGCUUUUAGGGAAAUGUCUGAGAAACUACGAAGAUGCAGGAAGGAGCUGACUGCAGCCAUAGACCGAGCCUUUGAAGGAGUCAGGCAUUCCCAGGAGUGUACAGGCCGGCAGAGGUCGGACGCCUCGUCCUCGCUCGCCUCCCUGCCGGUGCACAGACUGCCCUGCAGAAACCCACUGGCUGCUUGUUCCUCGGCUGCCCCCUGCGCUGGCGCCUCAUGUUCUCCUGAGAAUGAGAAUCCCGUCUUUGCGCCACACCAUGUCCCAGUUAAUACAAAACCCCUUCCUUUAUACCCCAAAAGAAAACCUCUGACCAGCAAGGAAAAUGUGUUGAUGCACUCUUCCAUUUUGGCACGUGAAAGACAGUUUUGGAGAGCUGCGGGAGAUGGGGAAAACUGGAGAAGAGAAAGUUUAAGGAAGGAUAUGGAGAGAGACUUAAAAGUUGACUCAAAUAUGCUGCUCAGCAAUUCUAGCCAAGAGGUCACAAAGGAUCUGCUAGAUAUGAUUGACCAUACAAGUAUCCGAACUAUUGAAGAACUGGCUGGAAAACUAGAAUUUGAAAACGAAUUGAAUCGUGUGUGUGGACGCUGCCAAGAUUCACCCCUCAAGGAGGAGGCCUGGGCCCUGCUUGUGGACGAGAGCCCUCGGAAGGCUUUGGAUGCUGACCCUGGUAGCCUCAAGCAGGCUUUUGAUGACCAAAAUAUUGUUGAGACUGUUCUGGACCUGGAGGAGGACUACAACUUGAUGACAUCUUUUAAAUACCAAAUAGAGUAAGGAGAGUUGACUGUCAGCAACCACAAUGGUUAUCAGAAGCCAGUCUUUACCAGGGGUUGGCAGAUCCUGAAUUGCCACAUCCUGUUUAGUUCCUGCUGAAUCUUUAAUAUUCUGUUAUUUUGAAAUGUUUGGAGUUUUUUGACUUGACGUUUUUUAAAGUGUGUUUUUGGUUGGUGUUCAAUAUAUACAAUACAAACCUUGGUAGCUUGUG